AUGAUAGGAUUCUGCGAGAUGUACAUCAUCUUGAAGCUCGAUUUUGUCUUAUCGUCGCUCUUGCCCGGGACUUUCGACGAGCCUUUUGUUCUUGGGGUCAAGGAUGGUAUCUCGGGGACAGCGACCAUUCCAAGGCUUGGAUACAUGGCAAAAGUGUACUCUUCAGCCUUCCAUGUGGCCACCACCUCUUCCAUCCUUGAAGACCUCCAUUCCCUUAAUUCAUCUACGCUUCUUGAUAUUCCCUAUCGAGACUUUGCACUGCAAGUUCGGCAAUGCGUAUACGACCUAUCCACGGGCGACGACGACGGCAACGCUGCAGACGACCGAACUCCUGUAUACUACUCUAUGCUUGUCCACGAGUGGAAAGCCAUACAUUCCGGCCACACGAAGAAGCUAGUUGGGAUAACCUUCUGGAGCAACCAAACCAUUGACAAGCUUGCGCAUAUAAGGUGGUCAGGUAAUUACCGUGAACAGGACGUUCUCACAUAUCAGAAUUGCCAGCACAUUGCCUUCAACUACUCUUCAGUAUCCAUGCAAUCUCGGAAGAGAUGGCGUCCAUGUGCGUGCACAGCGGACGCUUUGCACCGACUGAAAGACAAAAUUAUCCAGCCUAUAGAAACCAUAUUUCUUGCUGAUGAGAAGCCAUACUGUGGAUACUACCAGAUAUUCGUCGACCGCUACGUCAGGAUGGACUCUCUGUUGGAAAUAUGA